AGACGGCCGCUGCAGACAGACGAUUACAUAACGGCUCGGCGAAGGUCAACAGAAGGAGCGCCGCAUCUGAUUGGACUAUUUUUUAUUAUUCUUAUUUUUUCUUUAACUGCGAACUAAGCGGGGAAAUUCCCUUUUCACUCAGUUAUAUGUAUGCACUUAAUAGAGUAAUGUAACGUUUUCAGCUUGUGUGAGAUAUCCAUAUUAAAUCUUUAUAUUAAUAAUCCCUGCUGUGAUUAUUUAAUUUGUAACCUGCACGUUGUAGCCCUGAGAGUUGCAACAUAGUAAAUUUGGCGUCCGCUACUUUAUAUUUUUGAUGAAAUAUGGAUAUAAAAGUUUUGAAAGCAAAACGAAAGUCGCUGAGAACAGCUUUUACGGUAUGCUGCAACGAUAUAGCUCAGAAGAUCGAAAACAAAAGUUUAAUAAGUGACGAAGUCAGUACGUUGUUUCGGCAGAUUCAAGACAAAUUCUCACGUUUGGAAACAACUCAAGAAGAAGUUUCGAAUUUGUUGCUGAGUGAUGAUGCCCUUCAAGAUGAAUAUUCUGAAGAUUUUUUGAAAGCAGAAGAAUACCGUGACAAGUUCUGCUUGAUCUGUUCGCUGUUAGAAAAUGCAAAGAAGGCAAAUUCGGUUACGGAAGGAACAACAACCGAGCAAAAAAGGAAAUUCAAGCUUCCGAAACUUGAAUUGCGAAAAUUUAGUGGAGAACCGAAAGACUUUCUUGCUUUUUGGUCCCAGUUUGAAAAAAUUCACAACGACCUCUCCAUUGUCGAUGAAGAUAAAUUUCAAUAUCUUUUACAAUGUGUGGUAGCAGAUUCUAAAGCGUCAAGACUCGUAACCAGUUUUCCGCCAACUAAAGAAAACUAUUCAAAGGUGAUCGCACAACUUAAAGAACGCUUCGGGAGAGAUGAACUUUUGGUUCAGAUUUAUGUACGGGAUCUACUUUCCAUAGUAAUGAAAAAUGCUACUGGUAGGAUUAAAGUAGAUUUAGCUGAACUUUAUGAUUUACUUGAGAGCAAGCUUAUGGCACUGGACAGCCUCGGUAGAACUAAAGAAAAAUUUGCAGAAUUUUUAGAGCCACUUGUUGAGUCCUGUUUACCAGAGACUGUUCUUCGUGCGUGGGAAAGAAGCCGCUCGAUGGAAGAUACUGCGUCACAGCAAGAUAGUGCGCGUUCGUUGGAUAAACUUUUGUGCUUUCUUCGAAAUGAAGUGCAAAGUGAGGAAAUGAUUAAGCUCGCUCGUACCGGGUUGGGAGCUUCACGUUCUGCACAUUCGCGUCCCCAUUGUGAUGAUCCGGGUUGCUCUACAGCUGCUGCCUUGGUAAAUGUUCAAGACAAUACAGUGAUGAGCAUUCAGAUACUAAUGAUUCUUCAAAUGACUCUAGUAACAUCCUGCAAGGUGCUAAAGUGUCAAGAUUUGGACGUGUGAUCAAGGUGCCUCAGAAAUUGGAUCUCUUCGACCAGGUACUGUAUGUCUUUGAGCCAACCUGAAGUCGACUCAAAGAGGGGGAGAAUGUU